AUGCCACCCGAUCUGCAUCGGCCUCCCGGUCGAGGUGGAUCAGGAUGGUUCAGCACGAAGACGCUGUUGUGCCUAAUGCUGCUGCUGGCCAGCGCUAGUCAACAGGAAAUUGAAUACAAAAAUCCGGUGAACAGCGCUCUCACAGCGUCCACGCAUACUUCUCAGGAGCAACAGUACCGGAAGCACCAGACAGGCAGCAGACCUUCUGAAAUACCACGCCUCAGACAUGACAUACCCUCGCCUAAGUUUCGAAGUACCAAAGAAGAUGAUGAAGCUACAUACCAUAUCCAGAAUGCCUUGGCUCCAGCACUCCAGCAAGCGAGUGUCGUCCGAGCACCAGUCACUGACCCCUUAGAGUCCGCCGUCGGUCUCUCCGCGAUUUCUCCCGCGAGGUCAUUGCAAGAUUGGGAAGCUGCAGAUAUGGUCCUUGUUGCGACUAUAGAUGGCAGAUUGCAGGCUAAGCACCGCAAGACUGGCAAGGACAUGUGGACUUUGGACUGGAGGAAUGGAGCACCGAUGAUCGAGACAAUCUAUCCCUGCAAUCAGACCGGGGAGGAUGGGGAGGAAUGCGAACAAGACUACAUUUUCAUUCUCGAACCAACUAGGGACGGUGCACUCUUUGUGCAACACAAAGACCCCGCUAUGGGUUUGCAACGGCUGCAUCUUUCAGUUAAAGACGCUGCUGCUCGGUCGCCGUACGUUAUGGGCAACCCACCCAUUGUCAUCACUGCCGCUCAGGAGACGUCCACUCUGAUUGUACACGGGCCGACUGGACAGAUCAUUAAGGAAUAUCCCAGUCCAAGCCUGCCCAAAUCUGAGCGACAGUGUCGUCGAGUGCAAGGCUUGGAACUCAAUGGUGAUGCGAACUUUGAGCGAGACUUCAUCAAUCUGGGCCGCAUCCAGUACACAAUCCGUAUUGAGAACAAGGACUUAGGUCAGGAGAUCUGUACGAUCCGGUAUGCAGAAUGGAUUCCAAACGGGGCCGAUGGUGAUCUGCAGGCUCAGCAUACCCGGCCUCAGGAUUCGCUCUACAUUCAGCCCACAUACAACGGCAGGGUCAUCGCAUUCGAGGAUGAAAAGCCUCUGUGGCAUGACAAGCUCGGAUCUCCCACAGCACAGAUCUUCGACGUAUUUCGACCAAUUGAUCCCAGGGACACAGACCUCGUCAUGCUCACUCGUCCAAUGAAUUCUGCGCCUUCCGCGCUCACUCGAACUUGGAACGACGACAGCUACAGACUCGGUCAGGUCUUUGUCAACAAGACUGCCGAUGACAUGUGGUAUGCAUUGUCGGAGAGUUCGUACCCUGGAGUAACUUUGGGCGCCAGCCAGGCCCGUAUCAACACAGACCCAACCGUCUACCCACUUGACUUCUCGUUAAAAGCAAACGACAUUGUCGGAUUGCGCACGCUUGACAGAGGCAGGAGCGAUUCAUACAUGCCACCGACGAUCGAUGCGCCUUCCAGAGAGAUCAUAGUCGAGCCUGGGAAGGCACUGAAUGGCUCUCCGAAAUCUGCAGCAGACUCUUCACAGCACUCAACCGACAGCCAGAAACCAGCGAUGAGCCAAGUAGUCUUUAUUUUACUCCUAUGUAUCAUUGGUGGCGGGAUUUUGACACCAGCUGGCAAGAGCUUCUAUCAUUCUCUUAUCGGGAGCCCGGAAGGGAAGAUCACACUUGCUAUGCCGUCCGACCAGUCAGUCCACGUUGAGACGACAAGCUCCAAGCAAGACUCAACAAUCGAGUCACAUGUUGAGCUGCUUUCCAAAGCCGAAACUAUGAUUGAAGCACCGUCGCUGACGGACACGGCAACCGAAACGAUCGAGCCUGUGACCACUAGUCUCGCGACUUUAGCUCUUGCGGACGAGCUGUCUACAACAAAGCCAACCGAGGACAUCAGACCAGUUGAACACCGACCAGAAGUCCUUGCCCGUGUCGAGCCUCCAAAGAACGGCGCGCCGGCCGAAGAUGAACGUGAAGAAAUUUCCCAACCUCAGCUCGAUGAGAAUCACGUAACGAGUGAAGAUCGUUCCGAAACCCCUUCCGUUGUUGAACCAGACGACAACGACAGUGACGAUGAUUCGAACGACGAAUCGGAGCCCGAAGAGAACAGUGACGCCGAGGACGAAACACCCGUGACUGGUGAAUCCCAGCAGAAGAGAAAGACAAAGCGCGGCAAACGGGGUGGCAGAGGCAGAAACAAGAACAAGAAGAAGCAGUUGACCCAAGACGAAGACGGAGCACUUGGUCAGGGGCGUAUCAGAGAAGUCACCGCGAAACCCAAGCUCGUCAAGGAGAUCGCGAGGGGCACUACCAUCAAGGUUGGCAAAUUGAAAUUCGACACAGGCCCAGCGAAUUGCUUAGGCACAGGCAGUAACGGAACUAGUGUCUUCGCUGGCACCUACGACGAACGACCGGUCGCCGUGAAAAGACUGUUGAAACAACACUCGAAGGUCAUCUUGAGCGAGAUCAAGACUCUGCUGAACCAUAACGAGCAUGAGAAUGUCGUUCGCUUCAUCGGCAGGGAAGAAUCUCGCGACUUCAACUACAUCGCUUUGGACCGAUACACCACGUCUCUCGACCAAUUUGUGGAGAGGCCGGAUCGCUUUCCGGGGUUGAUCAGCCCAUCUGAAGGCUACGACAUCAAGGACUGCUUACUGCAAAUUACGAAAGGUGUCCUAUACCUGCACCAACUGAAGCUUGUUCACCGAGACAUCAAGCCACAAAACGUUCUUGUGAAGCCUCUCAACACAGCACGACCAGCCUCCGGCCCGCCACAACUGCGCUUCGUCGUAUCAGACUUCGGCCUCGUGAAGGCUCUCUCAGACGGUCCCGAGUCAACUUAUGCACAGACCGCCAAUGUCACUGCCGCAGGUACCACUGGCUGGCGUGCACCUGAACUUCUGACAGCCUACGGUCAAGCUAAUGGCUUCCCGAAUGGCAUUGAGAAUGAGUCGACCCACACUGCUGGGUCAGGGACGGAUCCAAACAGCAGCACCGAGCGCACCACUCGCCGCGCCACAAAGGCAAUUGACAUCUUCUCACUCGGCUGCCUCUACUUCUACAUUAUCACGCAAGGCAGCCACCCCUUCGACGUAGGCGGCGCCCGUUUCGCUCGAGAUCAUAACAUCCAGCUCGACAAGUACGACACCUCCGGCCUCAGACUCCACGACUUCCAUUACGAAGCACAGAAUCUGGUCAACCAGAUGAUUGCACAGGACCCUCACGAGCGGCCUGAUGCCGAAGCAAUCCUCCGUCAUCCAUACUUCUGGGCGUACGACACCAAGAUCGACUUCCUCUGCGAUGUCUCCGACUGUUUUGAGCAGGAGAAGAAAGGCGUCGACAAGAUCUGGGACACGACAAGGAGACGUACUCCCGAAGAGCAGGAAUGUCUGCGCAAGCUUGACAUGCUCGAGGCGUUGGGUCCAGCUGUGAUUGGAGAGGGAAAAGACUGGCUGAAGAAGCUGCCAAAGAACUUUCUGACAGAGAUGGGAAAGCAACGCAAGUACACUGGGACUAAGAUGGUGGACCUGUUGCGAGCUUUCCGGAACAAGAAGGCUCACUGGCUCGACCUUCCGGAGGAGGUCAGGUUGCAGAUCAUCAGCUACGGGAGAGCGAAGCCGGUGCACAUGUCGGGGAGUAGGGUUGGGCUUCAGAUCGGCAAUCCAGUUGUCAUUAGCACUGCGAAUUUGAAUGAUCGGUUGCCGUUGCCAGGGCUGGACAAGGUGGAUGAUGAACAGAAGAAUAAAGUCACGGGGCCGGAGUUUACGAAGGGGUACUAUGAUUACUGGGCACGGCAGUUCCCGAAGUUGUUGUGUGAAUGCUAUGGGAUGGUCAAGGAGAAGGAGCUGGUUGAUGUGCUGGGGUUGGCGAGGUUCUUCUGA